AUGAAUACGACCGUCCGCUGGAAAUCAGAUAAUCCUCAGGAUCAAUACAAGUAUGCGGACGUAGCUGAAGUUGAAGAUGCUGGCGAUGCUUCGUUUACAAUCAUCGGGCUAAAUCAGAAUACACAAUAUGAAGUGGCCGUUAGGUCACGAAAUGACGAAUACGGUGAAACAAAGUAUUCAAAAACAAUCCAAGCGAGAACUGGUCAUGCUUCUGAUGAUGUGGAUCACUUCAAUGCCUACCACACCAUAAAAGCCGUUGGCUACACUCGGUCGAAUUCCCUUUUCAUAAUCGUUGCAGCUUGUGUUAUUGGAGGAGUUGUGAUAGUAAUCAAUGUCGUCGUCAUUAUCUAUAUAAUAAGGAAGAAGCAAACACACGGCGGAACUGCACCAGUGAUGCCUCUUUCGAAGCCCCGCCUCAUUCCAGUGGAAAAGACCUGUCAUGAUGGAUCCAAAUACGGCAGUCAGUACUGUUGCGACGAUCCGAAUCAUAGGCAUGCCUAUGGAGAUCAUUUUUAUACACCUGAUCCGCUUCUAGUGGGCGAGACGGCUCAAUCAAAUCCAGUUUAUGGAUAUGUAAGGAUUGGAGAUAAUCUGUCUGAUGGUGUCAAUCAACCAACAUACGUGCCGACGUUUUAUACAAAUGAUCCAAAUUAUCAGCAAGUUCACCACACGCUCUUGCCUGGAUUUCAAUCGCCUCUUACUUCUGUGGUGGAAAAGCAUUUCUAUCCGUCAAUUCUUCCUCCUUUAGUGCCUGAUCUACUGGGCUACACUGAAAACUGCUACAUCGAUCAAUUAGAAGCCCUACAGAAGGGUAACAGCCCAACUAAGAGACUUCUUCUGAAUGGUAGUGUCCACAACGGGACGCUGAAACGAAGUCGGACAAGUUCAAAUUGGAAUGAGACUCCGGAUGUUGUUGUCUAA